CUUCGUUCUCGCUUUGUGUUCGUGCGGUUGUAUAGGCUUCUACCUACAAGAUCAUCUCAUGGCAGAAAGAUUAACCAUAAAUGCCGUUACCAGCGAAACCAAAGAAUGGACAGUUAAGGUGCAAGUCGUUGAUAAGGGCCGACCUAGAGAUAACCUGCAAAAAACCAAUAAGUAUCAACUCAUGAUUCUUCAAGAUGAAGAGGAAACACAAGUCCAAGGAAUUAUGUAUGGCAGCGAUAUAAAGAGUUAUGCUGAAUUGUUUCUUCCACACCAUGCCUAUUUGAUAUCAGUUGCAAGUGUUACCGAAUCAAACCAUGCAUAUGGAAUUCCAAUCAACACUUUCCUUUGGACAAUUGACAAAGGCACUCUCAUUGAACCAAUAGAAGAAGUUGAGCCACCAGAAGAUUCACUGCCACCACCAACACGACUUACUCUUACAAUGUUCGACAACUUCCACCAUCAACCUGAAGGAUUAGAAUUUGGUAUUACAAAAGUUAACAACUUAUACUUCUCAUUAACUAUAAUUGUCUAA